AUGGCUCGGUUCGGACCGCUGCUGCUCCUGGUCGGCCCAGCGCUGGUUCUGGCCGGGGUCCGGCAGCCGCUGCCCGUCCUGUUCAUGGUGCCGGUCGGGUCCGGUGGGGAGAACCUGACAGCCGGCCUGCUUCCAGCCGUCAGUCUGGCUCUGCAGGACCUGGAGAGACAAACGGAGCCGCUGGGGAAGUACCGGGUCCAACUGCAGCUGCUGGACUCACAGUGUGACCCAGCCAAAGACCUGAAAGUGCUGUUUGAUGCCUUGUGGGCGGGGCCUAUGUACCUGCUGAUGCUGGGGGGGGCGUGUCCAUCUGUGACAUCACUCAUCGCUCGCGCUCUGCCGGCGCUCGGCCUCCUGCAGGUGUCCUUCGAGGCUCCGCCCCCCAGCCUGUCCAACAGGAAGUGGUACCGGCACCUGGUCAGCACGGUGCCGCCGGUCCGCGCCGUGAACCUGGCCACGGUGAAGCUGCUGCAGCGCUACAGGUGGAGGAGGGUCGGGCUGCUGACCCAGGACCGGCCGGGACUCGCUGAGAUGACCAGAGAUCUGAUCCGGCAGCUUCUGAGGGCCGACGUCCAGCUGGCCGCCGCCGAGCGCUUCUCUGGAGACGCCUGCAGCGGCCUAAGGAGGCUGCAGGAUGAAGAUGUCCGCAUCAUCGUCGGACAUUUUGAAGAUGGUUCUGUGACGGACGUGUUCUGCUGUGCGUUCAGACUGGGCCUGUUCGGACCUCGGUACCAGUGGAUUCUGGCCGCUGGACGAUCUUCUGGGUGGAGGCUGGGAUGGCAGCCCUCCAGCUGCUCUGCUAGCAGCCUGCUAACGGCGGCGGACGGAUCCUUCAGGCUGCAGGUCAGACAGCUCAGCAGCACCGACACGCCUGGAGUCUCCGGACGGACUCCUCAGGAGUACCUGGAGUUGUACCUGAAGCAGCUGAACCAGGAAGGGUCAGAGGUCAACCCCCUCCAUGCCUUCGCCUACGAUGCGGUUUGGGUCGCUGCCCGGGUUCUGGUUCAGGUGAAGGAGACGGCGAGAAAGUUCGGCUCUCUGAGGAACGUCUCUGUUGGCGAGGAAGAAGAGGGGAAGAUGCUGCUGGAGGCCGUGAAGAGCACACAUUUUGAAGGAGUAACAGGUCCGGUUUCCUUCCGGAACGGCGAGAGAAUGACGGUGAUCGAGCUGAUCCAGUUUCAGGGGGACAGCGGAGUUCUGGUGGGCGAGUUCAACACAAGUCACCAGCAGGUCCGAGUCCUGAACCAGCUGCUCAGGUUCAAAGGUCCAGGUCCGGCCAGAGACCAGACUCUGGUCCGGCAGCAGCCCCUCCGGGUCGGCCUCCUCCUCUACUGCGUCCUAUCGGCAGCCGCUGUUGGAACCAUCUUCAUCACCCUGACGGUCCUCUGCAUCAUCAUCAUCGGCCGCUGGCGCUGGCCCCAGCGGCCCGGAGCUUCUCCCCAGGAUGAGCUGCUCCUGCUGGGCCUCCUGCUGUCCUCCGCCUCGGUCCUGUUCUCCGGACUGGACCGGACCUCGCUGCCGGACCCGACGCUGGAGAUAUUCUGCUCUGUCCGUCUGUGGACUCUGUCGCUGGGUCACACUGUGGGCUUGGCGGCGCUGCUCACCAGAACCUGGAGGGUCUACUUCGUCUGCAGCGUCCGGCUGAAGAACCAGCUGCAGGAAACGGGCCGCGUUCAGCUCUGGAUCCUCCUUUUGGACCUGCUGGUUCUGACCUCCUGGCAGAUCCUGGAUCCGCUCAGAUGGGAGGUUCUGCAGCACCGGCUGGAGGACUCGGCGGCUGAUCAGGACGUCGUCAUUCAGUCGUUCUCUGAACGCUGCAGCAGCGCCAACAUGGAGCUGUGGCUCACCGCCGUCUGCGGAUUCAAAGCUCCUCUGCUGGGUCUGGGCUGCUUCCUGGCCUGGAACAUCCGGGCCGCGGCGGUCAGCGGUCGGCUCCUGGCCGUCAGCAUGUUCUCCCUCACCGGGUUCAGCGCCUCCGCAGCGGCGGGGUCGCUGCUGACCUCCAGUGACCCCGCCGCCCAGUUCUGUCUGUGCAGCAUGCUCAUCCUCAGCUGCAACCUCUUCAUCCUCAUGGGCCUGUUCGCUCCUCAGGUUUUCUGGUUGCUGAGCAGCAGCUGCAGCAGCAGCGGGGAGCUGCAGCAGGUGGAGCUGCAGGCUGACGCUGCAGAAGAAGCGGGUGUUGAGGGUCUGAGGAGGAGAAACCAGGAGCUGCGGAGUCAAAGCGGCCAGCUGGACGUCCAGAUUGAAACCAUCGCCAUGGAGCUUUCUGCCACGCUGCAGCAGGAAACGGGAUGUGGAGCGGCGCCUCAGCUCUGCACGGCGAGACCUCCAGCUGAGGAGAACAUCAACUCCCCAGAGCGCGUCCGGCGCCGGCUCUCCAUGCAGCUGCCCAUCCUCCAUCACUCCUACCUCCCCGUCGUCGGCGGCGUCCGCUCCAGCAGCUCCAGCCUCUUCGGCGAACAGGAAGUUGUCGCUCCCCGCCAUCAGGAUCACUUCCUGUAUAGCUGAGGACAGGAAGCUGAGCAACCAGGAACUUCCUGUGGGAAAAUAUCAGGAUGAAUAUGAACUGUUGUUGAAAUAUUUAGACAGAAUAAAUUAUUUUCCUUUGAUUGUCA